CCCCGCCCCGGCCCCGUUCCCCCGCAGCCGGGCGGGGGAGGAGGAUGGAAACACCCUUCUACCAUGAUGAUGUGUUGAGCGGCCUCGGCAGCGGCUUCGCCCCGUCCUCCGGUAGCAGCGGGCUCCUCCUGCCCUUCCCCGGCGGCGGCAGCAUGAUGAAGAAGGACGCUCUCGGAAUGGCCUUACCGGAGCAGGUGGCUGCGGCUUUGAAAGCACCGGGUUCGGCGAGCGGCGAAGCGGCGGGAUUGCUGGGUUCGGCCGAACUGGGUUUGCUGAAGUUGGCGUCUCCCGAGCUGGAACGGCUCAUCAUCCAGUCCAACGGGUUGGUGACCACCACCCCGACCAGCGGGCAGUUCCUCUACCCCAAAACGGCCGCUUCCGAGGAGCAGGAGUUCGCCGAGGGGUUCGUGAAAGCGCUGGAGGACUUGCACAAGCAGAACCAGCUGGGCGGCGGCGCGGCGGGGAGCGGCGGCGGCGGCGGAGGAGGCGGAGGAGGCGGCAGCGGUGCGGGCGAGCUGCCCGCCGCCGGUCUGGCCCCGGAGCCUCCGGUGUACGCCAACCUCAGCAGCUACCCGGCGGUGAGCUACGCCGCCGAUCCCGGCCCCUUCGCCGCGCCUCCUCCGCGGCUCCCCCCGCCGCCGCCUCCACCUCCUCCGCCGCCGCCACCGCCGUUAAAGGACGAACCUCAGAUCGUCCCGGAGGUGCCGAAUUUUGGGGAAAGCCCACCCCUUUCCCCCAUCGAUAUGGACACGCAGGAACGUAUCAAGGCGGAACGAAAAAGGCUGAGGAACCGCAUCGCCGCUUCCAAAUGCCGUAAGAGGAAGCUGGAACGAAUCUCCCGCCUGGAGGAGAAGGUGAAGAGCCUCAAGAGCCAGAACACGGAGCUGGCCUCCACCGCCAGCCUGCUCCGGGAGCAGGUCGCCCAGCUCAAGCAGAAGGUCCUCAGCCACGUCAACAGCGGCUGCCAGCUCCUGCCCCAGCACCAGCACCAGGUGCCGGCUUACUGCCCCCCCCCGCCCCCCCCACGGGGGGGGGGAACGGGACCGAGGGGAAUUCCCCUCACGUUUCCCCGCGAACGGACUUGAGGGGAGGGAGAGGACGGUGUUCCUGAGGUGGGGAUGGC